AAGAUCGUCCCAUCACUCCUGUACAACAUGCAGGGGAACAAGGCAUAUGUGCAUGGAAUGACCCAGAUCAGCGACACCCCAGACAACCACCAGAAUGAGGGCGAGAAGGAGCCACACGAAUUGGCGGAAAUGUGCCUGAGGGAGCUGGUUUCUCGGGCUACUUAUGGCAAGAUACACAACGUCAUCAAGCCUUUGCUCAUCCAUCUGGACUACGAGGGACUGUGGGUCAACAACAGCUUUGCUGUGCAGGUCUUUAAGAUUGUCAUGUACUCCAUACAGGCUCAGUACAGCAUCACAGUGAUAGAGCUCCUCAUGGCCCACCUCAAUGAGAGAGCAGCGAACCAGCGCAGAUAAGGACAGGCAUCGCAGACGUGCUUUCCAAGGUGAUUCCAAUUGCUGCGGGAGAAU